AAGUUGGUGAUUUGUGACUGUUUUCUUCGUUUAUUACGUCGUAAAAGACAUAUUAUUUUUCAUAAACACGGUUGUUUGUGUUACGUGUCACUAUGCAGGCACGGAUGAUUUGGAUAUUGGUCACAGGUUUCCUGGCUGUGGUUAGCAUGUCUGAAUCAGCUUUUUUGGACAUCUGUGGAGGUCAGUUCAAUACCAGCAUGCAAACACCUAUCCAUGUGAACUUCUCUGACAUCACAAAUCAGACAUGUGUGUGGUACCUAAAGCGUGACAACAACAAGACUACAAACCUCUUGAUUAGUAUCACACAAUUCACUUCUAACAGUUCCAUCACUGUCUACUCUGGCAAAUACCAGGCCAACACAACAGAGGCUAGGGUCAUCAAGACUUACAUGGCUGGUGAUACAGUGUCCAAGGAACUAUUGAUCUCUACAAACAAAAUGACAUCUAUUGUCUUCCACAAUAAAAAUUCUACCCAAGGAUCCUUCCAAAUCACCUACAACGGAGACGACUGUACCAAUGUUGUGGAUUGGACAAAACCGAUUGUCUCCCCUGUUUACUUGCCUUUGACUGGACCUGUGGCAUGUGACUAUCAAGUGACCUUGCCUGCUGAUGACAGGAAUUCUGUUAUGUCAUUUACAGACUUCAGCUUAGUGGCAGGUUCUCUCGUGGUAAAGAAUGGCAAUACCAAUCGGACCAUGAAAGGCAGUAAUAUACCUGAUGACAUUCUACUUGGUACCAAUGGAAACCUGACCCUCACCUUAACCUUGCAAAAUAACUCAGCACAGCAGCAGUUCAAGGCCUUUCUGACGGGUGUAGAUCCUGCCUGCACCAGACAGAUAGAAGUCAAUAGCAGCCUGCCUGUUCAGUUCUCCCUUCCAUCCACACCAAACCUUCCACUGGAUUGUCUUGUCAUUGUAACAGCUCUAGAGAACACAACACUGGUAACCAUGGUGAAUGACUUAGUACUGCCAGAGGGAGGAAACUCUGUCAUACUACGUGAUGGUGGCAGUCAAAGCUCCCCACUAAUUUCUACUCUUCUCUCCAGCAGCCAGAAUGGUCAGCUGAUCGUAACUAGUGGCAACAAGCUGUUGAUACAGAUCAGACUGGAAAAGUCUCUGGAUGAUAGUGUUGUGAAUUUAAAUUUCAAGCAACAAGGAGGGGGAGCUGGACGUUACAGUGGCAGUGGCAACCUGACUUUAGAUGCCUCUCACUUCCAGGGCAAUGCCUCGGUAUACUUCCUAGUCACAGUACCUGAUGGCAGGGCCAAGGUGACAUUUGUAAAGGGAACUCUGAAUAAGGCAACACUUGAAGUAUAUGAUGACAGUUCCCCAUCCAAAGAGUUAGCAGUGUUCAAAAAGACAUCAGACUUCUAUACUGUAAUAGGGAGUGGACAAAAUAUCCUUAUAAAGGCUUACAACUUUAUUGGUGUGGAGACUUUCACAGCCACCUAUAAUCUAGCCGUACCAGACUGUGAUGACUUGUCUACAAGACCUUAUGGAACUUACAGUAUGAUUGGCAGAAGUGGCUCGCUUUGUACCUGGUCUAUCAAGCCCCAAAGCACUGCUUGGUUGCUGGAUUUCACCAUGGGUCAUGUGACACUGUGUCAAAACGACUCCCUUUCUCUGUACGAAGGAUUGACAAAAGCCGUUACAUCACCUAUCAUUACUCUGACUAUGAAGAACCAGUUAACAGUGGUUCCUGUCAUCUACUCCCAAAGUCAGAAGGGCUUCAGAUUGAUCCUCAACAGUCCUAAGGGCAGCUGUAAGGGUAACACUACUGCUACUGUAACUGCCUCCUACCAGACUAGCAUGGCCAAAUGUGGAGGUACCCUUGAUUUCCCAGCUGGGAGUGUGAGCAGCCCACUGUUUCCAAACCAGUAUCCCCUCAACGCUCGCUGUAAGUGGACCUUCAUCCCCAACAAAAAACCAUAUAUCCUGGUAUCUGUUCAGAGUCUUAAUCUGAACCCUAGACACAGUCUCAAUGUGGAUGAUGGAAAGAAGAAAAUGUCACUAGCUGGCUAUACAGAUGUAGACCUUUUGGUGCCUACCACCAACAAAUCAAAUCUGGUCCUCGACUUCAACAGUGUCAGUUCCAAUACUUCAGGUGUGCUGACAACGGGACGUGGCUUCAAAAUCACCUACACAUAUCUUGACUGUGGUGGAGAAAUUACAGCCAACAGUAGUGGGAAAAUUGAUGUUGCCUCUCCUGCAGCUAACAUCAGUCGUUUGUGUGUGUGGUUGAUAAAAGCUCCCAACACAGACAAAACUAACAACUCAAACAUCUUAUCCCUGAAUGUCUCAAUCACUGGUAAUACCACACAGGACAUUGUGACUAUAUUUGAUGGAGCGACGCAGGAUGCUGCAAUCCUGCCGUUCAACAUGACUAAGGGUCAGUCUCUGAAAAUGUUGACACGAGGUCCCUAUGUACUGAUCCUGUACAGACAUACCAGUAAGAAAUCUCUGCUGGCGGACAACUCCACCUUCAAACUCCAAGUCAACUACACAACUUACAAGUGUCCCUCCACACAGAAAUGUCAGAAUGGUAGAUGUAUCCAUCCUGAUUGGUAUUGUAACGGAGUCAAUGAUUGUGGUGACAACACAGACGAGCUGAACUGUACUUAUCCUAUCCCUAUAACAUCAACUACACCAAAACCAUCGACACCUGGCAAAUCUACAGGGGUGAAAUCCUAUGUGGUGGUCAUCGUGGCUCUGGUUUGUCUUGUACUUGGAAUUGUUCUGGCCAUAGUAGUACCAGUCAUGUACAAACGCAUCAAAUAUCCCAACUACAGGCAUCUCCAGGACCUUAGUGUGACCACGUAAUACUUCAACACACAGAUCUGACCCCUACGACUACAGACUUGACCUUUCAUAUCUAAGUUACUAUAGCAACCACAGAGAUCUGACCCGUACAACUGCAGACUUGACCUUUCAUACUUAGGUUACUAUAGCAACCACAGAGAUCUGACCCCUACAAUUCCACGCUUGACCUUUUAUACCUAGGUUACUAUAGCAACCACAGAGAUCUGACCCCUACAACCACAGACUUGACCUUUCAUACCUAGGUUACUAUAGCAACCACAGAGAUCUGACCUCUACAACUACAGACUUGACCUUUUAUACCUAGGUUACUAUAGCAACCACAGAGAUCUGACCUCUACAACUACAGACUUGACCUUUUAUACCUAGGUUACUAUAGCAACCACAGAGAUCUGACCUCUACAACUACAGACUUGACCUUUUAUGCCUAGGUUACUAUGGCAACCACAGAGAUCUGACCUCUACAGCUGCUGAUGUGAUAUUUCUAUCUAUUUUACUAUUGCAACUAUACCGAUCUGACUCCUACAACUAAUAACGUGACCUUUAUAUCUAGAUUUAACCCUUAUAUUGUAUACAAGCUUGAUUUAUGUGAGAUGCUUAUAUUGUUUACUUGAUUGAAGAUCUGUUAUCAGGUGUAAGCUUAUCAGUCAUGCCAUGAAAUUACUAAUUUUACUUGAAAAAUGUUGAUAAACCUAAUCUGCCUCAGAAUAUAUGUGUGCCAUAUAAAUGUAAGUUGAUGGUAUAAAAAGAGCAGGCCAGAGUGGUUUGUAUAUAAGUUAAGUACAGGCUCACUAUUGAUUGAGCAGUAACCAGAUUUCAUUGCUUUUGUGUCAUCCUUCAUCACCUCUUUUUUUGAAACAACUAAUUUUAAGGAAUGUUUUGAUGAAAGGUCGUGAUAUUUUGGUAUUUGCUUCCUAGAAUGAAAUAAAACCACAAAAUGAUGAUCUUGACCCAUAUUCAAGGUCAACAGAGGUCAAAUUUGUUUUAACAGUCUAAGGACUUCUGAUAAAAACAAUUGUUGACACUGAUUGCUCCAAGGUUUGUGAAAAGAAAUGACCUUGUCCUACAUACAAGGUCUCAGAGUUUAAAUGUGUGAAGCUGUUCAAGAGACUUUUAAUUCUAUUUAUAGGAAAGGCUUAGAAUCAUAGUUUUUUACUUUAACCCACAGGGUCAAAUUGUUAAACAAUUCAAACUGCUUCAAAGUUGAAUUGAAUGGCCUUAAUAGGAAUGCUACAAAGUUUGUGUAAAAGUUAGAUUUUUUAAACUCCAAAAUAUUUUCCUUGAUGAACUAAAGCUAUCCUAUUGAGGUAGUGUCUUACUGUAUUUGUCUUUGAAAAAUAAUAUGACCUAUAUAUUUAUUCACGGAUAUUUUGGUUAAAGUUAAUUACUUCAUGUCACUUUUCCCUGAUCAAUAGCUGUUCAAAGAAAUCUUCAAAAUCCCAGAAAUAAAAAAAAACUUUGAUCUUGCUAUUUUCAAGAAAUGCAACAGUGUUAACAUUCUUGGUGGUGAAGUUGGUUUUAAUAAGUGUGAUUUAUUUGCCUAUACAGGUCUGAUAUUGUGUAACUUUUCAUUUAACAUUUAAAAGUAGAGUAGGUGCUACAGGCCCAUAGGGCCUCUUGCAUAUAUGCAUUAUGUCUACAAUAUUGAAUUUCAAACUCACAUGUUAUGAUUUGUUUAAAACAGAGCAAUUGGUAUGUUGUAUAUAAUGUUAUAUUUUUGUAUUUUAUAUCGAUAUGUGAAAUGUGCAGGUACUUGUUGAACAGCCGCAAUGUGAAAAUGAUAGCACAGUUUUUAUUUAAUCUUUAACAACUCACAUGAUUCAAAUUACUACUCAGAUUGACAAAGAUGGUAAUGUUUUUGAAAUGGGGCUUUGAAUUUCUACUUCAGUCCAGACUAUUUAGGAAUUAUUUCAACUAAAACAUUUUAGACAAAUUAUCGGAUGGCUGUAACAGUUUGUCUACAGAAACUUUGCAUUUGACACAAAACGUUUUAUAAUUCUAUAUUUUCUGUAUUUAUCUACAGGGUAAGUGUUAACAUUCCUCCUGAGAAGCAUCCAGCACUAGUAGUGGACAGGUCACUGUAUCUACAGUACAACACUAGUAGUGGACAGGUCACUGUAUCUACAGUCCAACACUAGUAGUGGACAGGUCACUGUAUCUACAGUCCAACACUAGUAGUGGACAGGUCACUGUAUCUACAGUACAACACUAGUAGUGGACAGGUCACUGUAUCUACAGUACAACACUAGUAGUGGACAGGUCACUGGAUCUAAAGUACAACACUAGUAGUGGACAGGUCACUGUAUCUACAGUACAACACUAGUAGUGGACAGGUCACUGUAUCUACAGUCCUAUACUAGUAGUGGACAGGUCACUGUAUCUACAGUACAACACUAGUAGUGGACAGGUCACUGUAUCUACAGUACAACACCAGUAGUGGACAGGUCACUGUAUCUACAGUACAACACAAUAGUGGACAGGUCACUGUAUCUACAGUACAACACUAGUAGUGACCAGGUCACUGUAUCUACAGUCCAACACUAGUAGUGGACAGGUCACUGGACCUGCAGUCCUACACUAGUAGUGGCUUUUGAUAUGGAUUAAGAUUGUUUGUUAUUUUGUUGUGGAGCUGGUUUUACAUUAUGUUGUAAUAUAAUAAUGAUAUGUAAUAUAUUAUUAUCAGAGUGAUUGAACUUAACAUGUAAUCCUGAUCUGCAUUUUUCAUCAUUAGUUGUUAUUUGUUAUGAGAUUGUUUUAUUCUGAUUAUGUCUCAGAUACAUUUCAAUGUCUUAUUUUUUCAUUAUACUGACAAAAAGUUCAUUAAAUACAUACAUUGUAUGUAGUAAUUACCACUGAUCUGGGUACACUCCUGUCACCACAGAUCUGGGUACACUCGUGUCACCACAGAUCUGGGUACACUCCUGUCACCACAGAUCUGGGUACACUGGUGUCACCACAGAUCUGGGUACACUCGUGUCACCACAGAUCUGGGUACACUCCUGUCACCACAGAUCUGGGUACACUGGUGUCACCACAGAUCUGGGUACACUCGUGUCAUCACAGAUCUGGGUACUCUCCUGUCACCACAGAUCUGGGUACACUGGUGUCACCACAGAUCUGGGUACACUCGUUCCUCUGAAAUGAGAGAUUGUAAAAAGAAAAAUGUCUGAUGCAAUCCCUUAGAGCAGGUCUUUUGUUGUGAAUUUCAUUUGAUUUUGAUUUUUUGUUUUUUAGUUUAACAUCACUGGUUGAAUUAUUAUACUUGAUUUCACUUCUCUGUCGCUUACACUUUGUAAUGAACCACCCACUAUCAGAGAAUAUCCUCGAUGUACAUUGGAAGUAUUUAGUUUGAUUCAAUUUCUUCUGCAUUUUAUUUUCAUUAUUUUGUGUUUUUGGUGAUGGAGACAUUGUUUAUGAUAAACAAUAGUUACUUUAUGUAAUUGUAAUACAGAAAACGGAAACAUUGACAGGAGUCAGAUAAGGUAGGUUUGUAAAGUGUAAUUAUAAUAAAGAAAACGGAAACAUUGACAGGAGUCAGAUAAGGUAGGUUUGUAAAGUGUAAUUAUAAUACAGAAAACGGAAACAUUGACAGGAGUCAGAUAAGGUAGGUUUGUAAAGUGUAAUUAUAAUACAGAAAACGGAAACAUUGACAGGAGUCAGAUAAAGCAGGUUUGUAAAGUGUAAUUAUAAUACAGAAAACGGAAACAUUGACAGAAGUCAGAUAAAGCAGGUUUGUUAAGUGUAAUUAUAAAUGUUUAAGUAUUCUCCACUUCAAAUUUAGUGGAUGAAAUAUUACAUAAUUGAAAAUAUUACAAUAAAACCAAUCAAAAUGUCAGAUCUUACACCAGAACACAAAAUAGAUACUGACAUAGAACUUAUAUACUAUAUGUACCUGCCUACAGAAAAUGUUUCACAUUUAUAUUCAAUAUUUACCUGCCUACAGAAAAUGUUUCACAUUUUUUUUUAUGCUUACCUGCCUAAAGAAAAUGUUUCACAUUUAUAUUCAAUAUUUACCUGCCUACAGAAAAUGUUUCACAUUUAUAUUCAAUAUUUACCUGCCUACAGAAAAUGUUUCACAUUUAUAUUUUAUUCAUACCUACCUACAGAAAAUGUUUCACAUUUUUAUUCUAUGCAUACCUACCUACAGAAAAUGUUUCACAUUUUUAUUCUAUGCAUACUUGCCUACAGAAAAUGUUUCACGUUUAUAUUUUAUGCAUACCUACCUACAGAAAAUGUUUCACAUUUUUAUUUUAUGCAUACCUGUCUACAGAAAAUGUUUCACAUUUUUAUUUUAUAUUUACCUGCCCACAGAAAAUGUUUCACAUCACUCAAAAUUACAUUUCUGAUCAAGGCAAAAAGAAAUAUAUUUAUACCUACAAAUGAAUGCUUUAUUGAUCUUAAUAUCAAACCUCACAGAGUUGUCGCCCGUUUUAAUAACUUUCGAGUUAUCUCCCCUCUUACAUUUUUGGGUUUUUUUUGUGACAUAUUCUGCUUGCAUUUGAAUAAAGCUUAAUAUAUCUAUCAAA